AAUUGAAUAUUAGAAAAGUUCUUGAUGUUCUCGUCAUCGUUGCGCUGUUGUUGACUUAGCCACAUCUGUUUUUGUUGCGUGUGGAUACGUGACAGUAUUAACUGGAAUAUUUAUACGCGUUUUUUUUUUGGGUUAUUAGAAAUGUAAAUAGCAAGCAUAAGCUGAGCUGUUCUUUGCUCUCGACAUUCAUUAGCCAACAGUUCGUUGGCCAGGUCGAUACAUUUCCCAGUUUUCAAUUUCCACAAUGUUCGAACAAAGUUUUAGCAUAUUCAGUAUUCUAUUGUUCUGCAGCAGUCUCUGUAUAAGUGCUGUCAAUGGCGAGUUUUAUUCAUCCGCUGAUAAAAUGAUGGAACUGGAGAAUUUGGAGAAGGAGCUGGUGAUUGCCACGCGUAACUUCUUGACAGACCAGGAGAAGCAGCUCGACGAGUAUCGCAGUUUCGUGGCACGUGUGAAGCGUGAGCAUGAAGUGGCCGAGCAGCAGGGCGACGAAUACUGGGAGCUGCCGUUGAAUACAUUUCGCUUGACCAGACGUCUGGUCGAGGACUGGGAAAAGUUGCACGCACAGCUGGAGGACAAUCCGAUAACGAACACUUACCAGGCCGUGUUGGAUAUCAUCGCCAAAGAAAUUGGCUUUCCAGAACUCGACGAUCUGCGUGGCAUUGCCAGAGGUUUUGUGCGUCUGCAGAAAACAUACAACAUUUCAGCUUCUGAUUUUGCUGCAGGCACUGAAUUCUCUACAGGCACAUUUUUCCUGUGGCGUGAUUGCUAUGAAAUUGGUGUCCAUCUGUACGAUCAGGCGGAUUAUAAAGCGGCACUGGAGUGGUUAAUCUUGGCAUACGAUAUGCUCGAGGAGGCGGACAGCGAAGAGGUGAAGAAGUUCAAUCUUGAUGUGCUCGAGUACUUGGCUUUGACGUACAUUGAGUUGGGCGAAAAACAAAUGGCUGUUGACAUUUUGGCAGAUGCGGUACCGGAGGAUUCCUCACUGCCUGCCCUACAUACACUCAAAUACUUGGAGAAGAGAGCUGAAAAGUGUCCGGAUCAAGAGGAAGAAAUGGAUUGGAGGGCCAACUAUACGAUACUUUGUCAGGGCAAACAUCUGCCGAGGAAUGAGCCAGAGGAUAAAACUCUGCGUUGCUAUCGCGAUUCAAAGCGUCAUCCAUUCUUCCGACUGGCGCCAUUGAAUGUGGAGGAAGCGCAUCGCAAUCCGGAUAUUCAUGUGUAUCACGGUGUGCUGAGCGAUGUGCAAAUUGAGGAAAUCUAUGUGGCAGCCGAAGACAAGACCAAGGUGCGGUCCACGCUUCAUGGCAAUCGCGUGAGCGAUAUUCGUGUCAGUCAACAGGUUUGGCUCAAAUACGACACGCCCAUCAUGGAAUGGCUUAAGAGGUUGACUGGCGCCAUCUCUGGGCUCGAUAUGCACUACGAUGAGCUAAUGCAGGUGGCCGAUUAUGGCAUUGGCGGUCAAUAUACACCACAUUGGGACUAUAUGUCUUCGCUGACCGGCGAAUAUGAGCUCAUGGGCAAUCGCAUAGCCACAGUUAUGUAUUAUCUCUCUGAUGUGGAGCAAGGUGGCUACACGGUUUUCCCUAAGCUCAAUGUAUUCCUGCAGCCCAUAAAGGGUUCCAUGGUCAUGUGGCACAAUCAAUUGCGAUCCCUGGAAAAUGAUGAGCGCACUUUCCAUGCUGGUUGUCCGGUGCUUGAGGGUUUCAAGCGAAUCAGCAACAUUUGGGUGCAUUCCACUAGACAGGAGUUCCUCAGACCUUGCACACUUAACAAAAAUGAGUAGCGUGAAAUAUUUCACGAUUUUUGCAUUUAGUAAGCACUUCAUUUUCAUUUGAUUUGAAAUUAUAAAAUCACUUUAAUCAGCUAACAAAUCUCUGUUUGAUAUUUAUCACAAUAAACUUUAA